GAACGGUUUUCAUUUCGAGUGCGCGAUGUGCGUAUAAUUUUUUAGCAAGAGAGCUGUCGCUGCUGCUGCUACUGCUGCUGCCGCUGCCUCUACUGCUGUGUUCUUAUUAAAUUAAAACACUCCGCGGAUUGGGGAAUCUACAGCAGUGACAAUCAGGUGUAAAUUUUCCCGAGAAUCGAGGAUUUUCCAGCCGGAAUUUGUGACGUUCCAACCUGCAGUGUGUUUUCACGGUUCUCCGUCGAAUCCGAGUUAGGCCUUAUAGCCUGGUUUUUGCGGUAUAGAAUGUGACCUUUAUGGCAAUUGGUUUGGCGGACUGCAGACGAAGACGAAAGAGAAAAGUGAAAAUUUUUGUGCAUUCUCUGGUGGUACGGAAGAAAAACAUUAGCAGGCGGAAACGGUGCUACUGGUCUGGAACCGGGCGGUGAUUAGUCAUCGUCUCGCUGCCCGGACAGACGGGGGACCAUUGUGAAAAUUUCGAAAAAAGGCAAAGGAAUUUGCCUUCUUUGCUUGUUGUCGCGGCGUUAUUGAUUGGUUCCUGCCUGCUGCUUGUCUGCCUGGGAAAGUGCCAUGGCUGCUUUGCAGGAGUACGGUUUUCUUUCCGGAGCGGAUGAUCAGAAUAAUGAGGAUGGUGCCUGCUGCCGCUUGCGGCUAAAGGUCAUUGCCGGGCAUCAGCUGGCAAAAAAGGACAUUUUCGGAGCCAGUGACCCCUACGUUCGGAUCGAUUUGAACACCAUCGCCGGUGACGAGAACAUCGAUUCGGUGUUGACGAAAACGAAGAAAAAAACGCUGAACCCCCGCUGGGAUGAGGAGUUCGUUUUCCGCGUAAAACCGAACGAACACAAGCUGGUGCUGCAGGUGUUCGACGAGAAUCGGCUAACGAGGGAUGAUUUUCUCGGUAUGGUCGAGCUGAAUUUGGCACAGUUGCCGAAGGAAAGCGCGGAUGGUCCGCCGGUGCCGACGAAAAGUUAUCCUCUGCGGCCCCGAAGGUCAGUAGGGUUGGCUUGGAAUCCCUCGACAGUAUUUAAUGCUCGGUCCAAAGUGCGAGGUCAGUUGGAUUUGUACCAUGCUUAUAUCCAGGAUCAGAAUACCACCGGAGACACAGACUGGGAACUUAUUGAAUCGAAUAACUCAAUCUCUAGUAGUUCGAAUACCGCCAGCGGCAGUGGCAAUGCAGUUGACGCGCUACCUUCCGGUUGGGAAGAGCGACAGGAUGCCAAUGGGCGCACCUACUUCGUGAAUCAUCUCGCUCGUUCGACGCAAUGGGAGCGUCCUACUGCCGCUUUGACUCAAUCAUCACAGGACAACGACAUGGCGGCCGCCUUUCAAAGACGCGUUCAUAUCAGCGUGGACGAUAACAUUACGGCCAGUACUGUGAGUCUCUCGUCGGAGCAGGCAGCGGCUCGGUUGGAUAAUUCGUCGGUGAACAGUUCCGUAUCUUCGCUGCUGGCGGUGAGCUCAAACAAUGGUAUUGACGAAGGGUCGGUAGUGCUUCGUUCCGAUUCACUGCAGUCCCUUCCGACUAUUCGGGUCAGUUCGCCGCCCCAUCUGCCGGCCGCUCUGGUGCGCAGCCCAACGCGGGUUGCUUCGAUGGCACACCCGACCGCAUCCGGCGUCAGUCGAAGAAGAAGGCUCCCGACGGCGCUUCCGCCGCUUUUGCCGCGCCAACCGACCGUUGAGCUCAGUUCGGAUCAGGAGGAGGAUCCUCCAUCGCCGCGAGACAUUCCGGAGCUGCUGAAUGACGAGGAACAAGUACCCGGUGGAGAGGACCCGGACCACGCAGUGCAGAAUCGAGUUUUGCAGCAUUUGAACGAGGCUAGCCGACGUUCUUCGAGUCGUUCGUCAAUCGGUAGUGACGGCAGUGCUCGGGGACCGACGUCCGUCGGCAGUGGAGGUCCACCGGCUGCGGACGAUGAAGCCGAUGGCGGUGGAGGUGUAAGUGCAAGAAGACGAUCGUCGACGAAUAAUAAUAAUGACCCUGGGGAUGAUCGUUCGUCAACGCGGUCCUCCACAUCGAAUGAAAAUGAUUCGUCCAGUAGUAGUCCAGCCGGUGCUGAAGCGGUUCUGCCGACGGGAUGGUCCAUGCAGUUGGCCCCGAACGGUAGAGUGUUCUUCAUCGAUCACAAUGAAAAGAAGACGUCCUGGGUGGAUCCACGAACCGGACGGGCGAGUCCGAUGCCAAACGCGUGGAACAACUCGUCCGGUAGUGAUGCCAGACGGCCCGAGGAAGGUUUGGCACCGCUGCCCGAAGGUUGGGAGGAACGGGUUCAUACCGACGGGAGGAUUUUCUUUAUCGAUCACAAUACUAGGACCACACAAUGGGAGGAUCCACGUUUGUCGAUGCCAAACGUUGCCGGUCAGGUGGUUCCCUAUUCCAGAGAUUACAAGCGGAAGUACGAGUACCUUAAGGGACAGUUGCGGAAACCGGCCAACGUUCCGAACAAGAUCGAGAUUAAAAUCCGUCGUGCGUCCAUCCUGGAGGAUUCCUACCGGAUCAUCAACAGCAUCACGAAGGUCGAUCUGCUGAAGACGAAACUGUGGAUCGAGUUCGAGGGUGAAGCCGGGCUGGACUAUGGCGGCCUGGCCCGCGAGUGGUUCUACCUGCUGUCGAAGGAGAUGUUCAAUCCGUACUACGGGCUGUUUGAGUACUCGGCCAUGGAUAAUUAUACGCUGCAAAUCAAUCCCUUCAGUGGGCUGUGCAAUGAGGAUCAUUUGCAUUACUUUAAGUUUAUCGGGCGGGUCGCCGGGAUGGCGGUCUAUCAUGGUAAGCUGCUGGAUGCGUUCUUUAUUCGGCCGUUCUACAAGAUGAUGCUGCAGAAACCGAUCGAUUUGAAAGACAUGGAGUCGGUUGAUAUGGAGUACUACAAUUCGUUGCUGUGGAUUAAAGAGAAUGAUCCGAGUGAGUUGAUGUUGACGUUCUGCGUCGAUGAGGAAACUUUCGGCUACACAAGUCAGCGGGAGUUGAAGCCGAACGGAGCGGACAUCGAAGUGACGAACGAAAACAAAGACGAAUAUAUUAAGUUGGUGAUUGAGUGGCGUUUCGUUGCCCGUGUCAAGGAUCAGAUGCAAGCCUUUCUGGAUGGUUUCGGUCAGAUUGUUCCGCUGAACUUGCUGAAGAUUUUUGACGAAAACGAGUUGGAACUGCUGAUGUGUGGCAUUCAGAGUAUCGAUGUGAAGGACUGGAAGCGAAACACGCUCUACAAGGGUGACUACUUUGCAAAUCAUGUGAUCAUUCAGUGGUUCUGGCGAGCGGUGCUAUCGUUUUCGAACGAGAUGCGAGCCCGACUGCUGCAGUUCGUAACCGGCACCAGUCGGGUGCCGAUGAAUGGUUUUAAAGAGCUGUACGGCUCCAAUGGACCGCAGAUGUUUACGAUCGAAAAGUGGGGAACGCCGGAAAACUAUCCCCGGGCGCAUACUUGUUUCAACCGGUUGGACUUACCUCCGUACGAGAGCUACUUAGCACUCAAGGAUCGGCUGAUCAAAGCCAUUGAAGGUAGCCAAGGAUUCGCUGGUGUAGAUUAGACGAAAAUCCCUCCCCUUAAUUGAAGCAUGUAAAUAUUGACAAAACCACUUGACCACCGCGCGGCGAGUGGACUCAAGCUACUGCUACCGCAGCUUCCGUUUUUUCGCCCCACGCCCCCUUACCUUCCUCUUCCUUCGCUACUUAGUAACGAAACAUGACAAUCCUGUGCCAACGCCGAGGGUACAUUGCAAGAAUCCAACAGAAGAAUAGAAGUUUACUUCUCUACCUGCCAAAUCUAUUCGAUUAUUUCGUUUGAGUUGAGGAGUCACGUACUCGGGUAAGUCAAUCUUUCCCUUUCCAUUGUAAUUGUAUCAUAGGAAUAUUCUAGCAGCUAAAGAACCUAUAAACCAAUUCUAGAAAUCGAUCGUGUUUAGAAAAGUAGCAAAAAUUGUUAAAAACUGUUUUUUCUCUCCGCCACACAUAAUCAUAUGCCUUAGCUGAAAACAAAAAGAGCUCUAAUAUUUAUACUACAAAACAAAAAAACAACGUUUUGGGCGUUACUGCAAACAAAAAAAAGUUGCCCGUUUAAAAUCAAAAUCAGUCGACCUGUUGUGCAGUUGUGUCCCUCUCCCAAAAAAAUUUGCUCGGUUAUUUGUUUUUCGCUUUGUACGUGCUACUAAAGAAACACUCCAACCUUGUCGACUCGUGUGUGAUCUUUUUCGUUGUCGGUCGACGCCGUCGUCCUAAUGUCGUAGAGUAGAGACAGAGACAGAGAGAGAGAGGUAGUCCGCAAAAUGUACUUUAUUCCACUUUAGUCAGACCCACGGAAAAAUCACCGAAAUGGAAUUUGACACAGUUCCAACAGUCGGUCGCAUCCGUGGCCGGCUAUUACCGGCCUGGCUGUCACUGCUCUAGUGGUGUUAUGUGUUGUAAAAUGUAGAGAUUAAUACAGGAAAGGGAAGAGAGGAACUUCGUCGCCAAUGUGAUGGAAGUAAAAAAAGAGAAAAAAAAAAACAAGGAAAACACGGGAGAAUUGCGUUUGCGAAUGCGCACUAGCGCUCAGAGUUGAAAAUCAAAGAAAAGAAUUAUUGCAUAGUUAAAUAUUUUCAAAGUAUUUUUAAUUCUUAUUAGAUAAGAAUGUAA